GCCAUCUUGUGUUAACUAAUGUUAACAACAACAGCUGUUACGCAUUAUUUUGUAGUCCGCGUUUUUAUACGGAGCACACAGAAUAAUAAAAUAAUGUUCGCAGCAAAAACACGGAAUUUAGUGCGUAAAACUCACCUACCAGGCAACUGGAGCUGGUGCCGCUGGAGCAGCAGCAGUAACAAAACAACGGCAACAGCCGCUGCACCGGAUGUAAACGCCAAUCAACGACAACAGCUACUCAAUGAUCUUGCGGAGCCUUUGGUAACCAACAGCCGGCCAACGAUUGAUCCCAAAGAAACGAGCAUAGUGCUAUUUCCCGGCCAGGGCACACAAUAUGUGGGCAUGGCCAAAGAUCUACUGCGUUUCCCAGGCGCACGACGCAUCUUUGAGCUGGCCAACGAAGUGCUCAAAUACGAUUUGCUGAAGAUUUGCCUGGAGGGACCACGGGAUAAACUCAAUCGCACCGAAUACGCACAGCUAGCUGUGAUGGUAUCCUCACUGGCCGCCUUAGAACAGCUGCGCGAGGAACGUCCCAAGGCCAUAGAAAACUGUGUGGCAACAGCCGGCUUCAGUCUGGGCGAGAUUACGGCGCUUGUCUUUGCCGGUUCGCUGCCCUUUGACAAGGCCUUAAAGCUGGUGCAAGUGCGUGCCAAUGCCAUGCAGUUGGCCUGUGAUCAGCGACCCGGCGCCAUGGCCAUGACCAUCUACGGACCCGAUACAAAUGUGGGCGAAGCGUGCGCCAAGGCGCAGCAAUGGUGUCUGGAUCGUGGAGUAGAAUCGCCAUACUGUGGCGUUGCAAAUUAUAUGUAUCCGCAUUGCAAGGUCAUCGCUGGCAAUGUGGAGGCCAUUGAGUUCCUAGAGCAUCACGCCAAAUCGCUGAAGAUUCGCCGCAUGAAACGUUUGGCGGUCAGCGGCGCAUUUCACACGCCGCUCAUGGAGAGCGCGGUGGCACCUUUCGCCAAGGCAUUGAGCAGCAUUCGACUAGAGGAUCCCAUCAUAAGUGUCUACUCGAACGUGGACGGCAAGCCGUACAAACAUGCCUCGCACAUCUUGCGCCAGCUACCCAAGCAGAUUGUGCGCCCGGUGAAAUGGGAGCAGUCGCUGCACACGAUCUACGAGAGGCAACAGGGCGUAAAUUUCCCACGCACCUUCGAGUGUGGACCCGGCAAGGGUUUGCUGCAGGUGCUGGACAAGGUGAAUGCCAAGGCAGCCCAGUCGGCUCACAAUGUUAUAGCUUAAUCUUAAUUACGAUGUAUAAAAAAAGUGU